AGAAGAGAUUGAUUACAUUACAGGUAUACAGGUCAGAUGUUACUUGUCUUCAACACCCCAUUGUAAGCCCAAUUCUCCGGCUACCUUUUCUAAUUACCGUAUUUUUUGCUCCAUAAGAUGCAUUUUUUUCCACCCAAAAAAAUGGGGGGAAAUGUCUGUGCGUCUUAUGGAGCGAAUAUGGAGCGGCCGGCCUGGAAUUCCCGCCGCCGCUGUGUUAGAAUACCGGGUUGGCUGCUCGGCUCUUCUGUGCUCCUCGGUCCUACCUGUUCCUCGGUCCAGUGCUGUCCUUACCAUCUUCUCUCCCCGGUGCCGGCAUCUUUAGUGUGGGCACCCAGCUGUGACAGCUUGCAGCUUCACAGCUGGGUGCCCACUGCACAUGAGCGAGAAGCGCUGCACUUUGAGAAUGGUCCGGCAGUCUUCUGGGACCUGACACGUCGCAGAAGACUACGGGGAGGGGGGACAACUCCACGGAAGUGGGAGCGGGUACCUUCUCUGACCAUCUCCUGUACCGUGUCCGCAGUCUCUGGUCAUUUCCUGCACCGUGUCCGCAGUCUCUGGUCAUCUCCUGUACCGUGUCCGCAGUCUCUGGUCAUCUCCUGUACCGUGUCCGCAGUCUCUGGUCAUCUCCUGUACCGUGUCCGCAGUCUCUGAUCAUCCCCUGUACCGUGUCCGCAGUCUCUGAUCAUCCCCUGUACCGUGUCCGCAGUCUCUGGUCAUCCCCUGUACUGUGUCCGCAGUCUCUGGUCAUCUCCUGUACUGUGUCCGCAGUCUCUGGUCAUCUCCUGUACUAUGUCCGCAGUCUCUGAUCAUCUCCUGUACUAUGUCCGCAGUCUCUGGUCAUCUCCUGUACUGUGUCCGCAGUCUCUGGUC